UGCCAAAACACUAACCUGCCGCAGCUCUGACGUCCUGUAAUGUUCAGCUGGAGCAGUGAGGGGUAGAUGAUAUGUCAGAAUGGACCUUCAGCAGCCGUAUCUGAUCGGUGAUUGCCUUAUUCACAUCUUUACAUUCCUGACCGAGGAAGAUUUAAUCAGUGCCUCAAGUGUUUGUAAGGAUUGGCACGAAGCUGCAAAAACGCCUUGGUUAUGGAGGCGGAUGUGUCUGCAGCGCUGGACUUUCUGCAACUUUUCUGUCUUCAGGAGUGAACAGGUGAAUCACUCAUGGAAGAGAUACUUUCUUCGGCGCUGCCACUUAGAGGAUAAGAUGACCAAAGGCCGAUCAGGAGGUUACACCUGCAAGAGCCUCAGAGGGCACACAGGCAGGGUGGUGGGGUUGGUGUACCUGCAGGGGAAUUCAGAUCAGCGUCCUGAUCUCUGGAACAGCAGUGCCACAGUCUGCAGCGCCUCCACUGAUGGUACAGUCCGAUCAUGGAACAUCCAGAAUGGUGACCUCCUGUGGUGCAGUCCUGUACAGAGUCCCUUGACAGCAAUUAUCACUGAUGAGCAACAUGAAGCCGUGAUCACAGCAGACUCCACAGGGCUCAUAAAGAGCUGGCAGGGUCAGACUGGAGAGGAGGUGGCCUCUUUCAAUGCUGCAUCUCCACACUGUACAUUACUGCAGUACAAUAUAAACACCAGUUGGUUUCUGUCUGUUGGAACCAGUCAAGGGUAUGUUUGCACACUUGCAGAUACAGCUUUGACCAUAAAGUCCAGGGUAACGGUGUGCGACACCUUUAAAGUCAACACCCUGCUUGUGUCACCUGACAAGAAAUGGGUCACAGCUGGAACCAAGGACAAUGAUGAUUUAAGCCCAAAGGUAAUUUCCACAGAGAGUCUGACCUCACCGACUGAGGACGAAGAUCCUCUGUGCCAGUCGGUGCCAGUCACUGGGUGCCAGGCUGCUGUCUUCAUACCCACCCAGCCUGCCAGACUGGCCAUCAUCCAUCACAACCAGCGCCCAAACAACAAAGCCCUCACUGUGUUCGAUGUCACCAUAAAAAAGACUAAGUAUAAGUCAGAGAUCCAGGUCCAGCAGGUGGAGUCCUUUCCCCUGACUCUGAACACCAGGUCGUCAGAAUUCCUUCUGGAGGCCAAGGACAGCAACUGCUUAGUGCUGGCAGCUGGCCAGGAGCUAAUGGUCUACUCACUCAAAGGAGCGCUGGUUGCUAGCUUUAAAGACCACACUAGGCCAAUCACUUCUAUAUGUGUGGAUAGCUUUCGUGCCGUGACAGCAUCUCAGGACCUCUCCUUACGAGUAUUAACUUGGAGAAAUGACAGAGACCGCUGUUUGAGUCUGGAGAGCAGAUACCACUUACUGGGAGGCUCUCACACAAUGUCCAGAGGGUUCACCCACGUCAUCAGUGACUACUCCAGCAUUGUGGCCUCUGCAGAAGGGAAUGAUGGGAAAGAUGUCUUAAAGGUGUAUUCUUUCACCUCCUGAGCAUCACUGCUCAACAAAAAGGUGCCUUCAUGAAGUUUGUACAGCCAGAUGGAAGGAGAAACAUUUACUUUUAUUAUAAACUGUUCAUCACAUAAGCUUACAGUACAUUGGGAUAUUCUUUGGUAACAGAAAGAGAAUGAGACAAUUUUUCACACUGUAGUUUUUUGGGGGGUUUUUUGUCUUUGUGUUUCCCUCUAUCUCCUGUGCUCUCCAAGUUCUGCUCUCCUCCUUAUGUAACGUGUGUUAUUAAGCUCACCUGUGUCCAAUUAACAAUCAAGGCCAGAGAACAAAGAGCAGGGGAGAGGGCAGCCAAUGCCAGUGGGCCAUCCGGCUGAGUGCACUUAGUGACGUGCACUAGUGCUUAGUCCGGUGCUUAGGUGUCUUUUUUUUCUGUGCUCUAGUGUUUCUCAUUUGUUUAUAAUUUUGGGAAAUAAUAGUUUAACUGAGUGCUUGAAACAGCCUCUUUUAAAUAAAGGCUUGUUUUUUUUAAGUGAAUAUAUAAUGUUUACCAUUGUUAAUUUCUCUCUCUAUUUUCUCACUCACAGCUGCAAACUUUUUAGUUAACCAUGAAGUAUAUGAAAAGUUUAGUUUCUACUAUCUGAUUAACUGUUGUCUCAGGAGAGUCUUCGUGCUACCCGACACAGUCGAUCAUACGAUCUUGUCACGUUUAGAAAAUGUGUAUUGUUUAGGGGGAAAAAUGCUGCACUCAAUCAGUUUCAGUCCUGACUGGAAGAUAGGACUUUGUCUGUCCACCUCGGUGAUAACUCUUCUGAGAUGGCCCCACUUACUAGAGGUGUCCCUCAGGGUUCUGUUUUGGACUCCAUCCUAUUUUCUUUAAAUAUUCUUUUCCUGGGUCUUUGUUGAAAAAUAUGAUGUCUUGUUCCACUGUUUUGCAGAUGGUGUAAAGGUUUACUUGCCAUUGAAACCCGUGGCCGCCCACUUUGAGGACUAGCCUCCGAACGUGGGGCCCAGGACUUAUAUCUGGGAUAAAAACCGUUCUCGUCAUGAAAAAUAGAGGGUUAUCAAUGUGUUAUAAAGUUUAAUUGUCCUUUUUUGUACCUUUAAUUACUCCUUAAAGCACUUUGGUCAGCCUUGGUUGUUUUUAAAUGUGAUGUAAAAAAUAAAGUAGACUUAGCUUUUA